CCUUUGUUUUCCAGGGAUUUUGAGUAUGAUCAUCAUUAGAACCUUGCGGAAGGACAUUGCCAACUACAACAGAGAGGACGACAUUGAAGACACGAUGGAGGAGUCGGGGUGGAAGAACGUCCAUGGCGAUGUCUUCAGACCGCCGCAGUAUCCCAUGAUCCUCAGCUCCCUGCUGGGCUCAGGGAUCCAGCUUUUCUGCAUGAUCCUCAUUGUCAUCUUUGUUGCCAUGUUGGGCAUGUUGUCUCCAUCGAGCAGAGGAGCCUUGAUGACUACUUCAUGUUUCCUCUUCAUGUUUAUGGGUGUGUUUGGGGGUUAUUUUGCUGGCAGACUGUACCGCACACUAAAGGGCCAUCGGUGGAGGAAAGGAGCAUUUUGUACGGCCACUUUGUAUCCCGGAGCGGUGUUUGGAAUCUGCUUCGUUCUGAACUGUUUCAUUUGGGGGGAACACUCCUCGGGAGCAGUUCCCUUCACCACCAUGCUGGCCCUGCUGUGCAUGUGGUUCGGCAUCUCCAUGCCUCUGGUCUACCUGGGUUACUACUUUGGUUUCCGUAAGCAGCCUUAUGACAACCCGGUGCGCACCAACCAGAUUCCCCGCCAGGUCCCGGAGCAGCGCUGGUACAUGAACAAGUUUGUGGGAAUCCUCAUGGCUGGGAUCUUACCGUUUGGCGCCAUGUUCAUAGAACUCUUCUUCAUCUUCAGUGCCAUCUGGGAAAAUCAGUUUUACUACCUCUUUGGCUUUCUGUUCCUGGUUUUCAUCAUCCUGGUGGUGUCCUGCUCUCAGAUCAGCAUUGUGAUGGUCUAUUUCCAGCUGUGUGCAGAGGACUACCGGUGGUGGUGGAGAACGUUCCUGGUGUCAGGAGGCUCUGCUUUCUACGUGCUGAUUUACGCCGUCUUCUACUUUGUCAAUAAGCUGGACAUUGUGGAGUUCAUCCCCUCCCUGUUGUACUUUGGUUACACCACCCUCAUGGUGUUGUCCUUCUGGCUGCUAACGGGCACAAUCGGUUUCUAUGCAGCCUACAUGUUCAUCAGAAAAAUCUACGCCGCGGUCAAGAUCGACUGAUUCCUCGGAGCCACUGCUGUUCUCCUAGUUCUUAGUUUAUUUUUCUGAAUUUUUUUUUUUAUAUGUUUGUUUUUUUAUUAUUGUUAUUAUUAUUCUUUUUGUCCAACAAGCACUGACUUGUGUGCAGAAGGAACAGGGGUUUAUUGAUAUGAUGCAACAACCCCAUCUGCUGGCCACAUGGUGGAAUAACAGCCAACAGCAGAGCAUAGCUUGCUGUUUUCCCCCGACCCGCCCUCCUCUCCUCCGUGUUGGGACGGAGACCUGGACGGUGUCUUCCUCUACUGGGAAUGUUGGUGUCUCCUGUCGCCUCACCCAGCACACACACACACACACACACACAGCGGGCCAAAGCUUGUCAGAUAAAUUUCUGCACUUUUUUUUUUUUUUCUCCAAUGUUUCCAACUUAAAGUUUUCUCUUUUUUUGUUGUUGUUGUUUUUUUUUUUUUUCUUUUAAUUGUCUCCUUGGACACCAUUUUCUUGUGUUUUCUUCACACUAAUCGCGUCUGACUCUUCACUGAUUCUGCUGUCAGAGGGAGACUUUAGGUUUCGGUUCAGAGACUUUCUGAAUCAGGGUUUUGGUGUUUGACUUGAUGGGGAAUUAUGCUGGGCUCUUUUAUAUUGUAAUACAAGAGAAGGAUCAAUUAAAUGUUCCAUGACUUUUUUUUUUAUGGGUUUGCCGUGUCCCCAUUGGAACCACGUUACCCACGAUCCAUCUCGGCGUACCGGUUCGUUUAUUCUAAACGUUUCAGAACCGCUUCUGAUUGGACGUAAAUAUUUGGAGCGAGCGGCGGUGGCUACGGCGACACAGGUGGAGCGGCCACGGGACGAACGGCACGAAGGAGGAGACCGUUUGUGUCCGAAAGCAGAACGUACUGAAGUAUCUUCAACAGUGUAGCCUUAGCAGUCCCAGAGCCUGCAUAACUAUGCAGUAAUGGAAAGAGUGUUCAAAGCUAAUGUCAAAGGACCGUAUUUGUUUAAAAGGAGAAAAAAACAAUCAGUAACCCGUAAAAGUUUACAUCUAAAGUUUGACUUUUGCUCAAAGACCAGAUCUGCAUCAUUAGCUGUAGCUGUAAAUGUUAUUGGUCAUUUUCACACAUCAGUGCUGAACGUUUUCAGGAGAUCUUUGGUUCUGGAAUCUUGUCUGAUAAAGUAGUUAUAAACCCAACUCCCUCCACAAUCCUUCCUGAUGGAACAUUUCAGCUGUCCAAUGUUCUUAAAACACGCAGUCAGCUGGUGUUACAGGUUUGCACAUCUUACACAUCAACUUACUUUCUUCCCUGAUACUUUUAACUUAAAAACUAACUUUAGGAUACAUUUCAGAAAAUGGUGUCAUUAAGGGCUCCCCAAUCCAUCGUAGCAAAAACAUUGAGAUGUGUACAUUUUUCCUCUGUGGCUACAGGAGAAGGUUGAGUGAUUCAUUUAGAGUUUAAAAUCUCUUCCUUCACAUCUGACAUGUUAUUGGUGUGAAUAAUACAGAUUAAUCUAUAAUUAGCACUAAAGCUAUGAAUUUCUUUGCACCUGUGGUGAAUCCCUGCUCAUAUAACUGCUGCAGCAGCUUCUUUGAAUAACUGGAUAUGUUUUCAGAUUUCCUGAAAUCCCACAAAAUCUUUUUUUUUCUGGGCUUAUCGGCACUGAAUCCAGCUAACGGACUGAAUGUUGCAUAAGAGGAAAACUUUUCCAAGAACCUAAACAAAUGAAAUAAAAGUAAUUUUUAUUUUUUUAUUUUGUGAUUUGAAUUAAAUGACAUAUUUCUGGGGGACUUUUUUUUUUUUUUUUUUCUUCCACUCCCUUUAAGGUGUACUGGCACUUAAAUCUUCACUCAUUUAAACCAAGAAAGUGGAAAUAAAUAAUUUCUUGGUCCUCAUUAUAAUCCCAAACUGCUCCUAGGGGAGAGGCGAGAUGAGCUGAGAUCAGUCGAAGUCUGGCUUGGUGAAUUCUUGCACGUUUAUUUCCAUUUGCUUAUGGGAACCUGAUUAAACUUUCCGAAUCCUCUUUACGUCUGCCUGAUUUUAAGGUGGAGCCGCUCCUCUCCUGCUGCUGAGGCGCACACGCCAGGAGAGAUUUUAGUUUUUUUGAAAACAGACUCAAGAGGCCUGGGUUCUGUGUGAACAUAUGCACGGAUCAGGGUUUCCAGUGUAAAUAAGAGCUUUGUAUUUGUUACGUUUGGCUGUUUGUGGCACUCUGUAAUGAUUCCUGUCAUUGUUUUAGCCGAAAGCAUGAUGCUCUUGAUGGCUUUUAGAGCAAUGUUUUUUUUUGUUGUUUUUUUUUUACUUUCUGUUUGUUUCUUUUACAGAUUGUCUAUAUACAAAAUGUACAAUGAUAAUAAAGUGAUGACAAGUUGAAUAUGAAAA